CUUUCGCAUGUUUGACGGCACUACAGAAAAGCUGCCAUUCUCGACAGAACAGUUCGACAUUGUCUUGGUAUCAUGGCAACUUGAGUUUGCCGCGGACAUGGAAGCAGCGUUGGGGGAUAUUUUGCGUGUUACCAGAAAGAACAUAUCAUCUCGGAUACUGGUCAUCCAGGGAGCACCAGACAAUGAAUUUAUUCGCUUUCUUAACACGACUUCCGGGCUUCCCAACGCACGACAUCAAGGCUAUCUUCUCCAUUUUGCAAAAGAGUACUUUGCAAGGCAUGGAUUUGGCAAGGCUGCAGUGAGCCAUAUCAAAGCACACCAUGCCUUCCCCGACGAAGAUAUAUCCAAGAGGUGCAGAGCAGGUAUUGAUCUCCUUGCUAGGAACAUGGUUUCCGUGAUUGACAAAGAAGAGCUUUUUUCAAGGCUUGAACUUCAUUUCCGUGGAAGUGAGCAUGCGAUUGGCCAUAACAUGGCCAUGCUGGACGUGAGGUUGACUGCAAAUUAGGCAAGCAAGGUAACUUGGAGCCUUUGGGUUUCUACAGCUGUUUCCUAUUGACCUCAGUCAUAAAAACCACAAAUAUUAGUGUUUUCAGUACUCCGUAUUGGUUGCUGGGUUCAGACUCUUUGACAAUAUUCCAUGGAAAGCGUAUAGCUAGGUGGUUAAAUGGAAGGCCUUACCGGGAGAAAUAGACAUAGCAGCAGCCACAACUCGCCCCAUAACAAGCCCGCUACUUUUAACCAAACAACUGGGGACGAUAUGCAUGAUUAUCUAACGUAGUUAGCUGUGGCGCUAGGUAAUAUCGCUUUAUGCGACCCUUGCGAGGAGUUUGGAUCGUAGAAAUAAUCCGACGAGCUAAAUCCUGGAAAUCACUACUUGCUGGCGUUCAAAUGCAGCCGUCGUUUCGCGCAGAGAGAUAGCCACCGCG